CAUAUACAGUCUGACAAUGUGCCCGGCGCAAGUGAAAACCAGGGUUGACUCGCAAUUUACGUAGACUAUUUGCACGAAAUCAGAUCUUAGCACCGCUCUCUUAACCAAGCGGACGAGGCCGAAGGGCAUGCGAUGAAACGAGCAGGGUACGCUUGCGCAUUCGUAUACCCGGGGUGUUUCCUUAAUCAAGGACGCUAGUCACCAAUUUCAUUGUUAUUAGUCAAUCAGUGCAGCAAUCAAUCGAUCUGAUGAUCAACCACAGUUGGAUUGCUGUGCUGGGGAAGUGUUAAAAAGAAAGAGUGACUACUGAAGGCUUCAUUCCAUCAUCCUCAUCCUUGCGCGCAAAGUGCUACGCAACACAUAUCCACACACCCACACUCGCAGACUCCCACGCUAAUGACUCUACAUGGUGCGCUUGCUGUGUUGUACGGUAGAAUGGUGGGCAGCAAUGUCCACCCACAUACAUCAUCUGCCUAGCACACCACCCAAGCACCCGGAGACAUGCCCACAUGCGCGAUAAUCGCAGAUAUGAUUUGCUUUUUUAAUUGACGCACAGCAGCAGCAGCAGGAGCACUAGAGCAGCAUUGCAGAGCGCAUGCACAACGCAUCGACCAGUGACCACAUGAUGAGGAAACCCUGUCUGGACUUUGCCUUCGUACAACGCACUCUUUGUGUGGAUGAUCUUUGCUUGCUGCGUUGCUUAGUCGUUGUAUGUGGAGAUUUGCGGGUAGACAAGGCGAUAAUAUGGCAACAUUAAGGUACGUAUUAGAAACAUCACUUCAUACGCAGGGCGUCGCACGUAACAGAUGCCUCGUGGACACCAAGACAUGCUUGCAAUCAGACAUCUGUUCCAGUCAUUGGUAUGGAAUAAUAAAUUGCUAUCAGUCAAACAACUCGCACGCCCGACAUCAUAUGCAUACACACGUCUUGAUUGUCUUGUCCGCUAUGCUACCUUCUAUCAAGGUACAUGUUCUCCAGGACGAUUCUUUUGCAGUAAACACUCCUUUCCCUGAUCCAUAG